AGUGGCUGGGUGCGGGCGGCACCCGCUAGUCUUACAGACCCAUUUGGAUGGAGGGGUACAGUGACAUGGAGAUACUAAGGACACUGAAAGGGCCUUCCGCAGGGGAAGUCAAUGUGCACCUGGUGGCCAGAGACAGCCCAGCUUCCCGUCCUCACCUGCCUGCAACUGCCUUCAUUAUUCCUACCAAUGCAGCUACCCUUGGUCUGCCCAGCACUGCCCUGAAUGUGUCGUACUCCCGUGAGCCAAUCCACGUGGGCGCCCUGGAGCGGGUGGCUGGCGGCGAACCAGUCACAGCCACCAUUUUGCCGCAGCUAAGCACCGGACCGGGGACCAAUAGCACAGUCAGGCUUCUGGACUGGACAGGGGUUUCCCCAUCUCCAGCUGGGAGUGGCCUGCGGUUCCGGAUAAGCGAGUACGCACCACUCAACAUGAUAGGACUGGAGCGACCACAGAGCCCGGAGCGCCGGCAAGAAGGCCUGGUCCAACAUGAAGGUGGCCCGGUUGGAGGUGACGCGGGCACCCAGGACCCAGAUGUCCACCAGGACCCUCAAGAAGUCACCUCUCAGGAACCCCCAGAAGACGCAAGUUCCUGCAACUGCCAGGCUUGUGGGCCUCAGCAAAACAUUGGCCCAGAUCUUGGUUCUUCAGGCGACCAUUGCACUCAACCUUUCCAGAAGCAGUCAGUCAUUGUGGAGAACUCAAGCUGUACCGUCGCUUCUGAACUCCUAAAACCCAUGAAAAAGAGGAAACAUAAGGAGUACCAGAGCCCAUCAGAGGAGUCAGAGCCGGAGGCCAUGAAGCAAGAAGAAAGAAAAGAUGCAGAGAGAGAGCCAACCGCCAGCACCCCAGAGAGUGAAGAGUGGGGCAGAAGCCAGCCGGUGUCCAGCGAGAAGAAGGAGGGCUGGUCCUGGGAGUCCUACCUGGAGGAGCAGAAGGCCAUCAGUGCCCCAGUCAGCCUCUUCCAUGACUCCCAGGCAGUCACCCACAACAAGAAUGGCUUCAAACUGGGCAUGAAGCUGGAAGGCAUUGACCCCCAACACCCGUCCAUGUACUUCAUCCUCACUGUGGCUGAGGUGUGUGGCUACCGCCUGCGCCUGCACUUUGAUGGGUAUGCUGAGUGCCAUGACUUCUGGGUCAAUGCCAACUCCCCUGACAUUCAUCCUGCUGGCUGGUGCGAGAAGACAGGACACAAGCUGCAGCCUCCCAAAGGUUACAAGGAAGAGGAGUUCAGCUGGAGCCAGUACCUGCGCAGUACAAGAGCUCAGGCAGCCCCCAAGCACCUGUUUGUAAGCCAGAGCCACAGUCCUCCACCUGUGGGCUUCCAGGUGGGCAUGAAGCUGGAGGCUGUGGACCGCAUGAACCCAUCCCUCGUCUGUGUGGCCAGUGUGACUGACGUGGUGGACAGUCGCUUCCUGGUGCACUUUGACAACUGGGACGAUACUUAUGACUACUGGUGUGAUCCCAGCAGCCCAUACAUCCACCCGGUAGGCUGGUGCCAGAAGCAAGGAAAGCCCCUCACCCCUCCACAAGACUAUCCAGACCCUGACAGCUUCUGCUGGGAGAAAUAUCUAGAAGAAACUGGGACCUCAGCUGUGCCCACUUGGGCCUUCAAAGUGCGACUCCCCCACAGCUUCCUGGUCAACAUGAAGCUGGAGGCUGUAGACCGCCGGAACCCAGCACUGAUUCGGGUAGCCAGCGUGGAAGAUGUGGAGGACCAUCGGAUAAAGCUCCGCUUUGAUGGCUGGAGUCACAACUAUGACCUCUGGAUCGAUGCGGAUCACCCGGACAUCCACCCUGCAGGCUGGUGCUUCAAGACAGGACAUCCCCUGGAGCCUCCUCUCCGGUCCAGAGAGUCCAGCUCUGCCUCACCUGGGAGCUGCCCCUCUCUCAGCCACAGGAGCCCACCCCACACAAAGACCUCCAAAUAUAGUUUUCACCACCGGAAGUGCCCCACUCCUGGCUGUGAUGGCUCCGGCCACGUCACAGGCAAGUUCACAGCUCACCAUUGCCUCUCUGGCUGCCCAUUGGCCGAGAGGAACCAGAGCCGGCUGAAAGCAGGGGAGCUGUCCGACUCGGAGACCGCAGCCAGGAAGAAGAACCUGUCUAAUUUGUCCCCAAGGAAAAAGCCUCGCCAUCAUGGCCGGAUUGGACGCCCUCCAAAGUAUCGCAAGACUCCACAAGAAGAUUUCCAAGCCCUCCCUCCCAGUGUGGUGCACCAGUCCCUCUUCAUGUCUACCUUGUCGACACACCCUGACCGCUCAUUCUCUGUGUGCUGGGAGCAGCACUGCAAGCUCUUGCCGGGAGUGGCGGGCAUCUCAGCCUCCACGGUCUCCAAGUGGACCAUUGAGGAGGUUUUCGGCUUCGUUCAGACCUUGACGGGCUCUGAGGACCAAGCACGCCUCUUCAAAGAUGAGAUGAUUGACGGCGAGGCCUUCCUUUUGCUGACACAGGCGGACAUUGUGAAGAUCAUGAGUGUCAAGCUUGGCCCAGCCUUGAAGAUCUAUAACGCCAUUCUCAUGUUCAAAAACACUGACGACACCUUUAAGUGAUGGGCCCUCCUCCCACACUUGCUGGGCCCCCUCUGCAGAGGUGCUUUUCUCCUGACUUGAGUUCUGUACCCCUGUCCUCACUGUCUGACUAGGCUGGCCCUUCCCAGAAGGAGUCUGGGAGCAGAGGAGGCUGGGGGUGGGGGUCUUGGCCCUCAGUCCUGGAGUUCAUUUGUCUCCAGUUGCCCCAGUGAGGGUGUGACUAAACUGAGGCCUGGCUGAUAGGAAAGACUGCAGGUAUCCUGGCUAUGGCAGCCUGCAUCUUCAGCCACCUUGGUUACUGUCUUAGGAAUUAGGAGGAGCCGGUACAGUGGGCAUCCUCUACUCAGAGCUGUGUUCUUUUUAGCAUCUCUGUAUGCUUUUUUCUCUUUGGUGCCUCUCCUGCUGAGAAGUGACCAUGACCUUGGCAUAUAUAUUUACACUUAAAAGGUGCCACCUCACUCUCUGCUGUUGGCUGUAUACCUUUGUUCUGCUGCCCAGUUCCUGAGCAGCACCCCCGACCCCCAUCAUGGUCCAGCCAGGCCCCGUGGCUCUUCUCCCGUAGUUGUGUAAGUCUCAGAAAUAUGGGAGCUUCCUUCUAGGAGCCUCUGGCUGUCUUUCCCCUUUUGCCUCUAGCCAGAGAUGCAGAGCCAAGGCACCUUCCAGAAUAUGUUCAGUUCAGGACCACUCAGCAUUGAAGUGGCCAGUACCAGGGUUUAGUUCCAGCAGAGCAAGCAGUUGGAUAGAGCCCAUGUUAUAACAAGCAGGAUUCAGGCUCCCUGAUGCCACCUUCACAUCCUUGUUGGGUGUGGGAAAGAUGAAGUCUGGCCCAAGAGGCAGUACAGGCUAGGCUGUCAUACACCUUGGAGACUUUGGCCUGAAGGGUAGCUCCAGAGAACAUGGUGGCUGCAGCGUUCUAUCUGUAUCUGUGGAUCUCAGCCAAGAUAUUGCACACGUGAGUGAGAGGCCCCGGCCAGCCCAGCCUCCUGCCAGGAGAGGGUAGCACUGUCCAGCACACAACCCCUGUGACAUCGCAUUCACUCUGUCCCUUAAACAUUUCUCAUUUUGCUCUUGAGUCUAACGAAGGCCACUCACAGUAGAGAGUUGGGAAGGUUCCCUGUCCCUCCUUUAGACUCUCUGAGCUCUCGUGCCCUUCUUGACACUUUCCAACAGUCGUUCACUGCCACCUAGGUCCCUGCUGGGGCCUGGGCCUGGACCUUUCCCAUCUAAGUGGAGGUUCAGCCUCCAUUCAAUUACUGCCAAACAUGACUCCCAGCCUAUGCAGGGAGCACCGGAACCUAGCAGGAGCCACCCAGCCCAUAGGUGGAAGCCAGUGCCAAGCUUCAUCUGGUGCUGAGGUGGACCUGCAGGCUGAAGAGCAGGGCCAUACCCCAGUCCAGUAUACUUGUAAGUCAUGUGUAUGGUGUGUGUGUGUGUGUGUGUGUGUGUGUGUGUGUGU